CCUGUCACAGCACGGUCGUAUCCAUACAUGUGCUGUGCCUUCAGUGCGAUUAUCUUUUAAAACCCCGCGCAAAGAUCAAGUUGACGCGGUAGCUAUAUGCUUCCAGUUCUAUCAUCAAACUUGUGAAUUGCGUAAUUCGAGUCCCCAUUACAAUGUCUUUCCCGUACAAGAGUGUUCUUCUCGUCGGCGCCACCUCCGGCAUCGGGGCCGGCAUGGCCGACAAGCUUGUCAGCGUGGGCGCGAAGGUGAUCGCCGUCGGCCGCCGCCAAGACAGGCUGGACAGCUUCGUCGAGAAGCACGGCGACCCUAGCAAGGCGGCCGCCAUCAGGUUCGAUGUCACAGACACCGAGGGCAUGGAUGCGUUUGUCCAAAAGGUCCUCACCGAGCACCCGGACCUGGACUGCGUGUUCCUCAACUCGGGCGUCCAGAGCAUGACCAGGCUGUCGCGGCCGGCCGAGUUCGACCUGGCCGCGUUCCACAACGAGAUCAACGUCAACUUCUCCAGCCUCGUCAACCUUAUGAUCAAGUUCCUCCCUCACCUGCAGGCCAAGACGACACCCACGGGCCUGAUCGUGACCGGCACCCACCUCGGCGUCGUGCCGGCCGUCACUCUCGCUGCUUACUCGGCUUCCAAAGCCGCCCUGACUUCUUUUGUGGAUUGUCUCCGCGAACAGAACCGCCACAAGCCCACCAAGAUUGUCGAGAUCUACCCCCCAGUCGUGCAAAGUGAGCUUCAUGACUACGCAGGACCGCGGGGCCGCACGUACGGCAUGCCGCUGGACGAGUUCACCGAGAAGGCGUAUGCGGAGUUGCUUACGGGGGAUGAGCUGAUUGUGAUUGACUCCAUUGCCAUUGAGCCCCGAGAGACGUACAUGAAGCUGGUAGAGGAGCGGCGGAGGAUUUUCACCAAGCUCUCGGGUGUCAUGCUUAAGCACUUUGAACUAUGACGGAAUGUAAUGAGAAAGGACUUUCGGCAUGAUGGAAUGCACACUACCAAAUAAACAAUUUUGAUCAAU